AUGAGUCAUAGCGUUGAUAGCAACGUGAAAGAAUUAAAAUUCAAUUUCAAUAAUUCCGUACAAGUAUGUAAAAUAAUGGUCGGUACAGAUAUGCGAUUGAUGGAAAAUGAUUCAAUUUUUAUUAUGGUCGAUACGAACGGGCAACGACAACCUUUUCUAUCGCCCGUAUCGGGUACAGUCACUAAAUUGUGUGUUCAUGAAUUUGAUAUUCUUAGCUAUGGCUCAAUUAUUCUUGAAUAUGAAGAAUGCCGACACGCGAUCACAUUUAAAAAUCUAUGUGGUGAUUGUGGCAUUGAUUUAAGUCAAUUUAAGAAUGCCUUAUCAGUAUCAACCGCUGUAAAGACUCUGAUAUCGAUAGAACCAUCAUUUCUGGACGCAAAUCUUCUUUGUAAACGUCAACUUCAUCUGCUGAUUAAUCUUGAUCAAACACUCAUUGAUACAACGAAUUCCAGAAAUUACUAUCCAUCUUCAUCUGAUAUCGUUGCCUAUCAACCGACUCCAAUAUCAAAAAUAUUUUAUACAAAAUUACGUCCGGGUAUCAAAGAAUUUCUCACUAAUCUUCGACCAUUUUAUCAAUUUCAUAUAAUUACUUUCGGCGAUCAAGCGUACGCGCAUAAUAUAGCCAAACUUAUCGAUCCGAAUAGAAGAUUUUUUUCAGAUCGAAUUAUAUCACGCGAUGAAUGCCUCAAACUAACAGACGAAACAAUUAAUUUAAAUAAUCUCUUUCCUUUUGAUGAUUCUUUGGUGUGUAUUAUAGAUGGUCGUGAAGAUAUUUGGAAAUCUACUCGAAAUCUAGUUUAUGUCAAACCGUAUAUGUGGUUCAAAGGCAUCAGUGACAUUAACGAAAUUCACCCUUCAUCAGCAACUGGUACCAGUGAAAAAACACAUCAAUACAGUGAUGAAACAAGUAAAAAACCGAAAGAACACAAUAGCGGGCAGACUCAAACUGGCAGCAACUAUAAUGUAGUGGCGGAUACCGAUGUCUAUUUACGCCGAUUAGAAAUAAUUCUAAAGCGCAUUCAUACGACAUUCUAUAUGGCCUAUGACCAGUGGAUUGACGGGAAACAUGGAACAAUGCCUGAUUUGAAACAAAUUAUACCUGAUAUUCGUCGACAAAUACUCAGCUCCGUUUCAUUGUGUUUCUCGCAUAUAAUACAACAAAACCAUCCGAUGGAAAAACACAAUGCAACAAUUAUGGCUCAAGCGAUGGGAGCAAAUGUGACUCAAGAUCUUCAAUUCGACCACGAUGGGAUCAUUGAAACGACGCAUGUCAUUGCUGGAAAAAUAACACUAAAAGUUUACCAAGCUCAACAAAACAAUAUUAAAGUUGUCACACCUGAAUGGUUAAGUGAUUGUUAUGAACAAUGGGAAAAGCAACCAGAAGACAAUUACAUUCUUACUCGCAAUUACAAGGUUCGCAAAUGGAGAUUCUUCACGGAGGACACACCUCGAGUAUCUAAACGGCGUCAUUGUGAUAUACAACAGCCAGUAUCUGUUUCCGGACAGUCAUUUGCGUGUCAACAGGCGACAACUGAACGAAAAGAUUCUCAAAAAAUUGAGAAUAACCUUCCAAACAAGAUUGCGCCGGAGCAUUUAUUUGAUCAAUAUAACUUCAGUGUGACCGAUAAUGAACAUCUCGAUAUUGAAAAAAAAGUGAAUGACCUUCGCAAUGAAGAUACCAACGGUUUUAAUGAUUCACACCCACGACCAUCUAAACAGCAACGUACAGUUCCAAUAGUUGAGACUGUUGACAUGAAAACAUAUGAUAAUGAUAUUAAAGAUUUUGAUUCCGAUUCAUCAAGUGUAUGUAAUUUACAUAAUUUAACGUUGGGUUAG